AGAAGAAGAAGAAGAAGAAGAAGAAGAGUGAGCAGCCGGAGAAGAAGAGGGUACACGUGAUUCGCGCUAACUGGAAGCAAGAUGGCGGUGGCGGUGCGGAGCUUGCAAGACCAGCUCGAAAAAGCCAAGGAAAGCUUGAAACAUGUGGACGAUAACAUUCGCAAAUUAACCGGACGUGAUCCGAAUGAAUCAAGACCGGGCCAGAUCCGUCGGCUCGGCGGCCCCAUGGCAGGCGUCGGAGGUGGUAGAGGCAGAGGAAUCAACCUGCUCAGGCGCAGUCUCUCAGACAUGGGAAGCGGCGGCCCCCCUGCCAAGCAGAGAGACAUCGAAGGAGCCCUGCUGAGACUGGCGGGGGAUCAGAGGGCCAGGAGAGAUGCGCGCAACGACAGCGACGCCGAGGAUGAUGACGAUGUCAAAAAGCCGGCGUUGCAGUCGUCUGUAGUAGCUACCUCCAAGGAGCGAACGCGCCGAGACCUCAUUCAAGAUCAGACCAUGGAUGAGAAGGGCAAACAGAGGAAUCGGCGUAUGUUCGGCCUGCUGAUGGGGACCCUGCAAAAAUUCAAACAGGAGUCCAACGUCUCGACGGAGAAGCAAAAGCGACGUUCAGAGAUUGAGCAGAAGCUUGAGGUUCAGGCUGAGGCAGAGAGAAAGAAAGUAGAGAAUGAAAAGAGGGAGCUCUUCGAAGAGAGGAGAGCCAAACAGACUGAGCUGAGACUACUGGAACAGAAAGUCGAACUUGCUCAGCUGCAAGAGGAGUGGACCAGCCACAAUAAUCGUCUGGUGAAAUACAUUCGCACUAAGACAAAGCCUCACAUCUUUUACUUGCCUGGAAAAAUGUGCUCCGCAACACAGAAACUCCUCGAUGACUCCACCAAGAAACUAAACGCUGUGUUCGAGGAGAGGCGUGAGGCUUUUGCCGAACACCUCAGCAAGAUGGAGUCCCGCCCCCGGCGACAGCCAAACCGCGACCAGGACGGCAACACGGCAACAGGGACGGACCACCCAGCGGAGGGUAAGCCAGCAGGUCAGGUAGUCAAGGUGUCAGACAACAGGGGGGUUGCAGAGAUGGAGGAAGAGGAGGAGGAAGAUGAGUUGGAGGAGGAGAGGGGAAAGGAAGGGGAUAGUAAGGUGACAGGGAAGGGGGAGGGGGAGGAAAGGGAGGAAGAGGAGAUAGCAGGGUUGAAGAAGGCAGAUGAAGAGGAGGAGAGGAUGGAGUUAAAUGAGCAGGGUAGCGAGGAGAAGAGGGAAGGAGAGGAGGGGAUUAAGGGCAGAGAGGACCAGAAGGAAAAGGGAGACAAGGAGGCAAGUCCAGGGUCAGAAGAGAUGGAGGUUGAGGGGGAGCGGGAGGACAGGAGAAAGGAAGAAGUGGGAGAAACAAAAAGUAAACAGGGGCCCACGGACCUCCAGAAUGAAAAGACCCAAGACAACCAGUCCUCUGAACCAACCAUAACACCCCAAGAAGCACCAGACACCAGUCAGCAGCCUCAGCCCAGUCCCAGUGCAGGGGAACCAGCAGUACAGUCCUCUGAGCCCCAGGGGCCUUCUCCUACCCCAGAACCGCAGAUAGCCUCUGCCGUGCCUGGGCAGGACUUCAUCAUCCCUGUCCUUGAGGUCCAGGACUCAGCAGUCGAGAACCAGGCUGCAGAACGGAAAUCAGGGGACGAAGCCCCACAAAAACUGCCCAAUUCCCAAGAGGCCCCCAGCACUACCCCUGCACCCUCUAAGGAGGAUGAGGACAGUGGGAGAGGAAAGAAGAAGGAAAAGGAGCCAAGGAAGGGCCGCAGUCAUAGUAACAGCUCCUCCUCUUCCUCUUCCGGCUCGUCCUCCAGCGGAAGUUCCUCUUCUUCCUCCGGAUCCAGCCGCUCUUCCUCAUCAUCGUCAUCCUCUUCAUCCUCAUCGUCCAACAGCAGCAGCCGAAGUCGCAGCCGAGACAGCGGUAAGCGCAAGAGGAGGCCAUCGGAUAGAGGCAGGGACAGGAAGAAAGGAGAAGACAGAAGUCACCGUAAGAGAGGAGGGAGUAGAGGAGGAGGAGGAGGAAGGGACUCGAAGGGAUCGAAAGAGAGGAGGAAGAGGAGGAGCGAGGAAGGAAGGGGCAGGUCUUCCCGGAGCGAUAGGGAGCAUAAAGAUAGAGACAGGAAGGACAAGAGACGUUAAUCUGGUUCUCAUUCAGCUUCUAUGAUAAAUUGGCAACCAUAGGAAAACACUGAGGAUGUCAAAAGUUUUAAACUUGUAUUAAAAUGCCAAAUUUUUCUCACAAAGGCUCAUUGGAAGUUUUAACAAUGAUUUUUCGAGAUAUAGGGAUUUAAAAGCGCUGUCUAGAGUAUGGAAACCAUGGAAAACUGGUCGUUAUUUUCCUCCAACUUUUUCCCUUUUACUUGGCAAAAGAAAUGUAAACUCAACUUUUUUAGUCACAGUGGUGCAUCUGGCAGGGCCAUUCCUUAUGCUGUCUGUAAUUGGGCUCCUCACCAAACAGGUCUGAGGUAGGAGAGACAUCAUUUUAGUCCUGUCAUUUUAAAUCUAUAAGAUUUAUCCUCAGCCUGACAUUUGGGUUUUACAAAGGGUUUGUGGCGCUACCGUGAAAAGAUGGUGUUGAAUGUUUGUUUUCUAUUUUUCAUCCUGAUCAUAAUGCCAUAGGUGGGGGUUAUUGAUGGUAUGGUAGCAAUGAUCAUUUACAUACAGUAGCUGUGUUUUUCAAAUUGAUGUGACUACAGUGUUGAUCCCCAUUUAUCUCCACUAUUUGAUCAUUAUCAAGGCCCUUGUAUCUUCAUCACAUGGGUACAUGUGUGAUCUGCUCAAAUAUUGGUUUUUGAAACUUUUUUCUUUUUUUUUGUACCAACUGAUAAUCUGCUUCAAAAUAAAGGUGAAGUAUUGGUGGA